AUGGUGGCGGCAUGUAAGGUUGCGAUUGUGCUUGCAGUUGUCGUUCAGGACAUCUCAAAUCUUUUGCAGAAAUUCGGGCCGCUCGAAUGCAUCUGCUACGAGAAAGGAGCUGGCAGCGGCAUUGCAGAAUACCUCUUCUGCGGUUCUGCUGAGCGUGUAGAGAAGGAGUCCAGCAGGCCGGACUCUCCACUUCAGUUGGCAGGCAACCGUGUCCAUGUUCUGCGGGGCGCUCCGCGGUGGCCAGGAAGUACAGAUACAGGUGCUUUCCAACAAGUUCUCGUGACACCGACGCCGAAGACGGAGUCUCUGGACGUGGUCGUCUUCCGAGGACAGAGUUCGGCCUCGGGCAUUGGCCUAGUGGCAGAGAUGGCAAAGACGAAGACGACUUCGUUGGUCAUUUGGGACCGGCAUCACAGGCCCAGAGACGAGCCCAAGGUGUCCACUCUGCAGAAGAAAAUUUACACGGAGGUAUUCGCAGAGCAGGAGCCAGACAAGGAUGUCAUGAAAAAAGCAGGCGACUUCUUUUCAACUGGUGCUCCGAAGUGCGCCCUCGUGCACCUUGCUGAGGAGAAAUACAAGGUGGAGGCAGCAGUGGAGCGGCCUUUGUCACAGGUGAACGACCUUAUGGAUGCCUGCCGACACAACCAUUUGGAGACCAUAGCUGGCUUCAAUGCCUUCAAAGUCUACAAGCCAUGGCUUCACGCGAACCGGGCGUGUACGUUCGUCCUCAUUCCGCCCAAGCUGUGCCACGAGUGGGACGAUGACAUCGCCACCUGCACAGUGGGGUCCAGGAGGAUAGUUCGUGCUGACCCGGUGCGACUGCCGCUUUCUUACAAUGUCAGCAUGAAGCUGAAGAUGCUGAUUUCACCAGUCUUCCGUCCUGGCCUCAACGACAAUCCACGACUUGGUGACAGCAGACGAUGCGACAAAGAUCGGCGGAUGAAUCCGUGCGAGGAGGCAUCGCCUAAUGUUGGACCCAGAGAGAAGAAGGCAAGGCUCGAGUCCUCGGUUGUGAAAGUUGCUGGCAGAAAGCUUCGUGCCGGAACGGUUCCCUGGCGAUGGACCGUGGGAAGUUCUGUUCAGGUUCUUCUUAUCGAGGGCAUAAACACACCAGGCAAAUGGACUUUCCCGGCAGGUUCCCUGGAUCCCGGUGAGGAGGUGGCAAGUUGUGCCGCCCGCGAGACCCAGGAAGAAUGUGGAGCGAGUGGGACUUUGGGAUGCUUUCUCGGAACCUUUGACACCGAGAAAAACCGAUCAUACAUGUUUCUACUGUAUGUGCAACAUUUGGAGGAUGAAAGCAAUGAAUCUUGGCACGAUCCACAUUCCGCAUACGACACCAGUCUGAGACGUCGCAGAUGGUUCGAUGUGGAGGCGGCAAGGCCACUGCUGAAGAAAGAUGGGCCACAAGUCUUGGAAGCUUUUCUGUCCAUUCCAGAAGACAGGCGUCAGGAUGCCCGUUAUAGAGCGCUUCACAACUCAGAGCCGCGGUUUCUUGUGAUGGGAGCCCCAGGCACCCUCCGGGACCGCUGUGCACAAUGGGGGUCCAUUUUGGAGGUGCCUUCUUCAGACACUCUCACCGAAUCUCAAUUAUUUGCAGCCGUUGCCGCCGCCCUGUGGGAAGCUGACGCCGCAGUUCUGUGUGGUGGAGCGGACAUGUUGUAUAUGGCUGGGAUCUCAGCCAGGCAAAACUUGCCGGUACUUGCACUCAUCACUGGACUGGAGUAUGCGCCUGGACUACUCUCUGGAGACUCAAGAGUUCUAUCUUUCGUGCUUGGAAGCGAGAGUGAGACUACCUUCGCAGCAGAAGCAGGCAGGCGCAUCGAUGAUUUCAUGAAGCAGCUCAAGACAGCAAGAAUGGCAGGACGGAGACAUGCAUGA